AUGCGCAGCGCGGACCUGAGCCAUGGCUGACGGUGGUCGUGCAGCCCAGGCUCGUGCGCUCCUGCAGCAGUGCCUGCACGCUCGCCUGCAAGUGCGCCCGGCCGAUGGAGACGCCGCGGCGCAGUGGGUGGAGAUUCGGAGAGGAUUGGUGAUCUACGUGUGUUUCUUCAAGGGAGCUGACACAGAACUUCUCCCCAAAAUGGUUAAUACGCUGUUAAAUGUGAAGUUAAGUGAAACGGAAACCGGCAAGCACGUCUCAAUCCUCGACCUGCCUGGCGAUGUUCUGAUCAUCCCGCAAGCCACGCUCGGGGGCAGGGUGAAAGGACGGAACAUGCAGUACCACUGUAACUCUGGAAAGGAGGAGGGUUUAGAACUCUACUCCCAGUUUGUGAGUCUGUGUGAAAAAGCCGUGGCCAACAACAGCAAGUGCGUAGAAGCGGGGGUCAUGGUGGCACACGGCACGUACGGGAACAGGCAAGUGUUAAAGCUGGACACCAAUGGACCAUACACGCACCUCAUUGAGUUUUGAAAAAUUACGUUCCACACCGCUUCCUGUAUAAAACGACCUGGACCUUUAAUUCCAGUGCUCAGGGAGCAGAGGCAAGCAGAUUUCUGUGAGGUGGGGGCCAGCCUGAUCUAUGUAUCGACAGCCAGGACUACACAGUGAAGCUCUGACUCCAAAAACAAAAAGUUAAGUAUUUAUGCUGGGCAUAGUGGUGCACACACCUUUAUUCCAGCACUUGAGAGGCAGAAGCUGGGGGAGCUCUGAGUUUGAGGACUGCCUGGUCUACAGCGUGAGUUCUAGGAUAGGCAGAGCUACAUGUAAGACCCAAAAUUGAAAAAAUAAAAACUACAUAAAUAAAUAUUAAAACUUGAAGAUACUUUUCAAAGUGAGGAAUAAAUGAGCAGAACUAGACGUCUGAGGAGCUGCUGGCGGCUCCCAGUGUCUCAGGAUGUUUUAGUCUGCAUUUGGAUGCUUUAGCUUCCGAUUGCUCACACACCCUGAAAUCCCUUUUUUUAUAGCUUCCCUACAGUUCUAUUUUGAAACUUAAGAAUCAAUACCUUGAGCUCAUUGUCCUUAGCUUUUUGUUUUAUUGAUUCACAAUACAGUUGUUGAAAUGUAAUAAACUAUUCAUAAGCUUA